GAGGAAACCCCUCUCUUUCAUUUGCUUUCCAGGCUAUGCUUGACAAUCCUAUCAUUCGUAAUACUAUCAGGUUUAGCUGUGCUAUUCAGAGUUUAUUUAGGUUUUAAUCUCUGUAGUAUUCAAUAAAUAAAAUAACCUAACCUUAGCAACCAACCAAAAGUUAACUCCGUGUGACUGAACAAAUUAGUCCACAAAGCCAAAUGAACGGAGCAGCAUUCCCCUCCCCCACGGCAGAGAUGGCGGAGAUGAACCGCAUCCAGUAUGAGCUGGAGUACACUGAGGGGAUCAGCCAGAGGAUGCGGAUCCCUGAGAUGCUCAAAGUGGCUCCUCACACCCAUGAAGACCCUAAUGCUGGACCUCAAGCAGUCCCACAUAGUGUCUUAAUGCAAGUACCAGAGAGAAUUGUGGUUGCAGGAGACCAUAAUGACACCCAUUUCUCCAGGCCCAGAGAUCUGGACUUAAUCCAGUCCACACCACUUGAAGCCCUAGCAUUGAAAACACCACCCAGAGUCCUCACCCUCAACGACCGACCCCUGGACUUCCUGGAAGAAGAGCAACGGGUAGCUCCAGACUCUGAGGAGGUGUUGCGACCACAGGGACGAGCACGGCGAGAACGCUCGGCCAGUGAGAAUGCAUCCAUCCGCCAUAACAGCCAGCUCAAGAGAAAUGAUUCCUCUGCGACCCCGCCCCCCCCUGCCACUGCUCCCUGUCCCCCUCUCACCGUGACUGAGGAAGAGAACAACCCGAACAGCACUAGUGGUGUAUUAUCUUUCAUCCAGUCCACUACACGUCGGGCCUACCAGCAGGUCCUGGAGGUCUUGGACGAGAACCCUCGCAGCAAACCAUCUCUGCGAGGGGGGUCAGCUUCAAGCUCCAACCCCCUGCAUGAAUCCAGGUUUGCCUUAUCAACUUAUGAAGCCACACUGGACGGAGGACCUGAUGAUAUGACUGUGAUUGAUGCAACAACACUGCGACGUCAGCUCAUCAAAUUAAACCGAAGACUCCAACAUUUGGAAGAGGAGAACAGGGAGCGAGCAAAGCGAGAGAUGAUCCUGUACUCGGUCACUGUAGCUUUCUGGCUCGUCAACACUUGGGUGUGGUUGCGACGUUAAAACUAGUCAGUAUUUCUGCUACUUGCUGCACUCGAGCCCUGUGGGAGCAACGCCUUGACAUGGGUACAAGUCCUUUUGCCACAAAGCUGAUAUUCUGAUUAGAUUUAUUUAAUACAUGUACAGUUUUAUUUUUUUUACUCCCCUUCCACUCUGUGUUUUCUUGUUUUGUUUUCAUUCAUUGCUAAGCAUGACUUGUACAUAUUCACGUCACACAGUGCUUUGGAAAGAAAUGAUCCAGAGCUACAAUAUAGCAUCGAUGAUCAAAAUAGGAAAGUGGACAUAUAACAUGUUGAAUAUUUGACACAAGUGAGAGUCACAUAUGACUUUGACUUGGAAAUAUAUUACAAGUAAAUAAAGCCAUACAUAUAUGA